AUGGACGAAAUGGAAAUUGACAGCGCCCCAGGAGGGACUAAAAGGAAGGCAGAUGAUGAUAUCUGGGUUCCGAGACCAAGACAAAGGAUCAGGGCUCUUGAUCCCGAUGUUGUGAACAAGAUUGCAGCCGGGGAGAUUAUUGUUGCCCCUGUUCACGCGCUCAAAGAGCUGAUUGAGAAUGCUGUGGAUGCAGGCUCGACGUCGCUGGAAAUCCUUGUCAAAGAUGGAGGUUUAAAACUGCUUCAAAUCACUGAUAACGGUGGUGGCAUUGAGAAAGAAGACUUGGAAAUAUUAUGCGUGAGGCAUACGACAUCCAAAAUCUCCACAUUUGAAGACCUAUCGUCCAUUGCUACAUAUGGAUUCCGCGGCGAGGCUUUGGCCAGCAUCAGUCAUAUUGCCCAUCUUACAGUCACGACAAAAACCAAAGAAGCAGCUCUCGCCUGGCGCGCCCAUUAUCUAGACGGAAAGCUAGCUCCCGCGAAGCCAGGGCAGUCUGCGGAACCCAAAGCGGUUGCCGGCCGCCAGGGAACCCAAAUUACAGUGGAGGACUUGUUUUUCAAUGUGCCAACACGUCGAAGAGCGUUUCGAUCUUAUGCCGAUGAGUUCAACAAGAUCAUCGACAUGGCAGGGCGCUAUGCAGUUCACUGCAAAGGUGUUGGCUUCACUUGUAAGAAGGCCGGCGAGGCAUCCAAUUCACUGUCCGUACAAGCGCAAGCAACAGUGAUAGACCGUAUCCGCAACAUCUAUGGCGGCAUGGUCGCCAAUGAGCUGAUUGAACUAACUGUCUCUGACGAUCGAUGGGGGUUCUCGGCCAAUGGCUACGUCACAAAUGCCAAUUAUGGCAUCAAGAAGAGCAAUUUCCUCUUAUUCAUCAAUCACCGCUGUGUUGAAUCGUCAACCAUGAAAAAGGCGAUUGAACAAACAUAUACUGGCUUCUUGCCCAAGGGUGGCCACCCUUUCAUCUAUCUCAGCCUUGAAAUUGACCCAGCCCGAGUGGAUGUCAAUGUCCACCCUACCAAACGGGAAGUUCAUUUCCUCAAUGAAGAAGAGUCACUGUUACCGGGAGCCAAACCAGUUGAACCUUUGGACGAGGAUGAUAGCGAUGUCGCCCCUAAAUUCACGACACCAGCUCUCAGGAAGGUGCGGCGAAAUUCAAAUGACCUUGUCCGAACGGAUAAAUCUCAGGGCAAGAUUACAGCCAUGUUCUCGCCUGCCGGCCCCGCUGAUAAAGCAGAUUCUCCUGCUAGAGCAAUGGAAGACGAACCGUUCGCGGUUCCGGAACCGAUAGAAUACACGACGAUAGACCGCGACCAAAUAAAUUGCCGGCUCAGAAGCAUCAAGGAGCUACGCCAAGAGGCUCGAGAUGAGAUCAACGAGGAGUUGACAGAGAUGAUCGCCUCUCACACGUUUGUCGGUGUCGUCGACGAGAAGCGACGACUUGCCGCUAUUCAGGCAGGCGUGAAACUAUAUUUGAUCGACUAUGGCCACAUGUGCUUCGAGUACUUUUACCAGCUUGGUUUGACUGACUUUGGAAACUUUGGCGUAAUCAAUUUCAGCCCUCCUCUAGAUCUCAGAGAACUUCUCCAGCUGGCAGUAGAAAAGGAGCACGAAUCCGUUGGGAUAACACCCGAAGACGGCUUUAAUUACAAAUUCGUCGUUAAAACGGUAGCAAAUGCACUCAUCGAACGGAGAGAGAUGCUCCAAGAGUAUUUUUCUCUCGAAAUCACACCUACUGGAGAGGUGGUUUCCAUUCCUCUUCUUGUUAAAGGAUACACCCCGUCUAUCGCAAAACUUCCCCGAUUCCUUCUUCGCCUCGGGCCCUAUGUCAACUGGAACGAUGAAAAGCAAUGCUUCAAGACGUUCCUCACGGAGCUGGCAACGUUUUAUGUCCCCGAAGCAUUACCCACGACGCCCACGGGGGAAAUUGAAGAAGAGGACUUGGAGGAAUCGUACUUGGAUGACGAGCAGCACGUUCGAUGGGCUGUUGAGCACGUCUUCUUCCCAGCGUUUAGGUCGCGUCUUAUUGGGACGACUAAGCUCAUGCAAAACGCUGUUUUAGAAGUGGCGAGCUUGAAGGGGCUAUACAAGGUGUUUGAGCGGUGUUAA